CUCCCAUUCGCCCUUACCCCAAGCCUCUUUCCCCCAUAAUUCAUUUCACCCACUUGACCAUGUUGCCAUGUGUCUGCUGGCUCCAGCUUAUCCUCAUCUUGCUGUCCUCUGUCUUAUGGACCCUGGGGGAAAACUGCCCAGCAACCUGCCUGUGCCCAGAUCCUCACACUGUGGACUGCAGUGGCCGUGGGCUGACCCGUCUACCCAGUGAGAUCCCCUUGGAUGUGCGCAGGCUGUUGCUGGCCGACAACUGGAUACCCAGCAUCCCCUCAGACUUCCUGGUUCUGUACAGUGACUUGGUCUACCUGGACCUCCGGAACAACUCCCUCUCCCACAUAGAGCCGGGGACCCUCAGCACCUCUUCCAGGCUGGUCUUCCUGGACUUGGGCAGCAACAAUCUGACUGAAAUCCCCAAGGGGACUUUUGGGGAGUCUCGGAGCCUGAUCAAGCUACGGCUGGGCAACAACCCAUACCUGAGCAUGGUGAACGAGGAUGCUUUCCUUGGCCUCACCUCUCUAAGAGAACUGGAACUGGAGCGCAAUGCACUGUCGACGCUACAGGUGGGGGCGCUAAGUCAGUUGCCCUCCCUGCGGGCAGUGAGGCUAGAGGGCAACCCCUGGGUGUGCAACUGCAACUUUGCCAACCUGUUCACAUGGCUGAUUGAGAACAGUCACAAGCUUCCAAACGGGGUGGAAAGUAUGGAGUGCUCCCUCCCCAUGGACGGCAGACGUGUAUCCCUGUCGCAGCUCUCCAAGGACAGCUUCCGUGAGUGCCAGGCCACCCUGACUCUAACAGACCUGCUCAUCAUCAUUUUCUCUGGCAUCUCAGUGUCUGUGGUGGCCAUCAUGACAAGCUUCUUCCUGGCGUCAACUGUUCAUUGCUUCCAGCGCUGGAGUAAAGGCACCAAGGGGGAUGAAGAGGAGAGUGAGGAGUGAGACGGGGGUUGGGGGGUUUGUUUUAAGGGCCUGCGUGGCCCUGGUACUGCAAACAAUGAGAGGAUACCGCAGACAGUGUGUGCUACAUGUGACAAGUUUCAUGCUGCCUCCUCCCUGGUGAAUGUCCAGGACUGUUUAACGGUAGGAUCUUGCCCUGGUACGGUUGCAGUUGUUUUCUUUGCACGUGAAAAAUGGUAACAAAGGACAUUCCCAAGGAAUGAGCCAAAGUCCCAGUUAAAAAUAGUGAGUGCCCUCCACUAGCAAAAUGAUAUUGUAGAGAUCGUAUUUUUGGCUGCGUGAGCCUGUGGUCAUCUUUUAUGGCUACUGGCUCUUGGCUCAGUGUUGUAGGCCUGCACAAUUAUAGCGAGGCUAAUACUCUUAUAAUGAGAGAGUAAACAAUUAACAAAGAAGUGUUGCUGCUGUGCUGUCACAUUAGUAUUAGACGAGGUGAUAACUUCUCUCAACGUGUAAUCACAUUGGACAUGUACCCUAAAAUCCUGUAAAGUGACAUCAAAGUUAGGGCAAACUUUUAGACGAUUUUCGUGGGGCUUCAUCUGUCUAGGGAAGAAUCCACGAUCCCA